UGAAACCAAUCUGACACUAACAAUGGCAGACUAUACUUCAUGUAGAAAUUUGCUUGUGAGCAAAACCAGAGAAGAAGAGGAAGAAAAUGAGAUUACCUUCCAGAGAUACAAAGAAAUCGUUUCAAACCUUCCAAAAGAGGAAAGUACAGCAUUUGAAAAAUUUAUCUGCAAUUACCAAGGCUUCUGGUAUGCAGAUGUACAUUGCCAAGGAGUACUUGCAGUGCAAGAGCAUUUCAAGGCUCAUUCUACCGACAUUAUCAUUGCAAGCAACCCCAAAUCAGGUACUACUUGGAUCAAAGCCCUUAUCUUCGCCACUGUUACUCGCGGUAAGUUUCCCAUGGACAACCAUCCCUUACUCUUUGAGACCCCUCAUAUUCUGGCCCCAUUUCUAGAGAUAACCCUUUACAACAAUCGAAUCCCUGACCUUGAAAUCCUUCCCUCUCCCAGGUUCUUUGGAACUCACAUUUCUUACACUUCUCUGCCACAGAGCAUGAUCGAUUCUGGCUGCCCUAUAGUUUAUAUUUGCAGAAACCCCAAAGAUGUGUUUGUAUCCAUGUGGCAUUUUAAAAACAAGAUGAGAGAUAGGGCUUCAAAGCCACCUAUUGAUGCGAUGGAAGCAUUUGAGAGGUUCUGCCAAGGGGUUUCCCAUUUUGGGCCUUUUUGGGAUAGUGUGUUGGGGUACUGGAAAGCGAGUCUGGAAAGGCCUCAACAUGUGUUGUUCCUCAAGUAUGAGGAGUUACAAGCAGACCCAGUUGUUCAUUUGAAAAGGAUAGCUCAGUUUGUGGGAUGCCCUUUCACUUCUGAAGAAGAAAAGGAAGAAGGGUUGGUUGAUGAGAUCUUGAGGUUGUGCAGCUUUGAGAAACUGAGUAAUCUUGAGGUGAACAAGACUGGAAAAGUUGCAGGGUCUUCUCUUGGACAUGAGGCUUUCUUUAGGAAAGGUCAGGUUGGGGACUGGAAAAACUAUUUGACAUCUGAGAUGAUUGAACGAUUGGACCAGAUCACAGAAGAGAAGUUUCAUGGUUAUGGCCUCAAGCUCUGAUUAAGUAUUCUAAUUAAAUAAAUGGCAUCGACUAAUUAC